GUGAUUAUUACAGAGAUCGCCAAGUCCUUAUUUUCAGAGAGGUGAAUGAUGAAGUUUCUAUAUAUUUUAUGCUCAUUAGCAUCAUGCUAUGCUGCAUUGAACAAUAAAAAGUUUCCAGCAGAUUUUAUGUUUGGAGCUGCAACUUCUUCAUAUCAGAUAGAAGGUGCAUGGAAUGAAGACGGAAAAGGAGAAAAUAUCUGGGAUUACCUCCUCCACACAAACAGAACCUACUCCCUCAAUGGUGAUAAUGGAGACACAACCUGCAAUUCCUACCACAACUACAAAGAAGAUGUAGCUUUAUUGAAAAACCUAAAUGUGACGCAUUACAGGUUUUCCAUUGCUUGGGCAAGACUUCUACCUAAUGGUCAUAUCAAUGAAAUCAAUGAAGCUGGUGUAGAAUAUUACAAAAACCUCAUCAGUGAACUCCGAGCCAAUAACAUCGAACCUUUCGUGACGAUUUACCAUUGGGACCUUCCCCAAGCCUUACAAGAUGAAGGUGGUUGGCCAAGUAGCAAUAUCAUCGACGUUUACGCCGACUACGCCAGACUAUGUUUCCGACUUUUUGGACUUGACGUCAAGUAUUGGAUGACGUUCAAUGAGCCGAAACAAACCUGCUGGCAGGGAUAUGGUGUAGGAACUAACGCUCCCGGAAUAAAAUCUCCUGGUAUCGGGGAAUAUUGGUGUGCUCAUAACGUCUUGAAGGCACACGCUAAGGCAUGGCAUAUUUAUGAUGAGGAAUUCAGACCCAGACAAAAAGGUCAAGUGGGGAUCGUGAUAGAUUCAAAUUGGUGGGAACCUGCCACGAACUCUUCAGAGGAUCAAGAGGCAUCCGAAACUAAGCUACAGUUCACAUUCGGAUUGUAUGCUAAUCCCAUAUUCAACGGAGACUAUCCAGAAGUGAUGAAAAGCCACAUUAAAAGACGCAGUCUGGCACAAGGUUUCCAGAAAUCUCGGCUGCCCGAAUUCACGCCCAAAGAAAUCGAGUACAUAAAAGGUACUGCAGACUUCUUAGGCGUCAACAUGUAUUCAGCUUCUCUUGUUGCGGCAAAGCAAAACCAGGACGUAGACGGUAUGGGAUUUGAUCAUGACGAUGAAGUCAAAGUAUGGUACAGCGAGAGCUGGAAAAAAGGCGCAUCUCCUUGGUUGGUAGUCACACCAUGGGGAAUGCAGAAGCUCUUGAGGUGGAUCAAAAACCAAUACAACAAUCCAAGAAUGAUAGUAACUGAAAACGGUUAUUCUGACUAUGACGGUACACUGAACGACGAUGACAGGAUAAGUUACAUCCAGGGAUAUCUCAGUGGUGUGAGGGAUGCCAUGGUUGAAGAUGGAGUGAAUGUAUUUGGUUAUACAGUAUGGAGUUUAUUGGACAAUCUUGAAUGGGUGUAUGGAUUCACGAACAAAUUUGGCCUAUACCAUGUUGAUUUCAACAGUCCUAACAGAACACGAACUGCAAAGAAAUCUGUUGGCUUCUAUCAAAACGUCAUAAGAACAAAAUGUCUAGUGGAUGAAUGUAUCGAGAUUUGAAAUAACUUACUUCAAUUCAAUCAAACUAUAUUGAUGGAAAAUUAUUAAAUGCAAUUUCUACUG